AUGGAGGCAAGAGACGGCGUGGCGUCGUCCCAAGCGGGGGCGGCCGGCGCGGCAGUUCCGAAGGCCGACUUGGGAGACUGCAGAUUUUAUGAGGAGCGUUUUCCCGAUGUCGAAGAUUUAGUUAUGGUAAAGGUCAACCGCAUUGCCGACCUCGGCGCCUACGUCAGCCUUCUCGAGUACAACAACAUGGAAGGCAUGAUUCUCAUGAGUGAACUGAGCAAGCGUCGAUUUCGCAGUGUCAACAAAUUGAUUCGCGUCGGACGUCAUGAGGUCGUCAUGGUGCUUCGCGUGGACCCCAAGAAGGGAUAUAUCGAUUUGAGCAAGAGGCGCGUUAGCCCCGAGGAUAUCGUGAAAUGUGAAGAGAAAUUUAGCAAGUCAAAGAAGGUCCACCAGACAGUUCGCCACGCUGCGCAGAAACACGGCAUGAAGGUCGACGAUUUGAAUCGCUCCGUUAUUUGGCCUCUGUACCGGAAAUACGGACAUGCUCUCGACGCCUUGAAGGAAGCGGCGAUGCGCCCCGAUGAAGUCUUCGCGGGUCUGGAAGUCGAUGAGGAAGUGCGGAAAUCGCUCAUUCAAGACAUCCAACUUCGCCUGGCUCCUCAGGUUCUGAAGCUGCGAGCACGCGUCGACGUGUGGUGCUUCGGCAAGGAGGGAAUCGACGCUGUCAAGGCAGCGCUUCAAGCUGGGCAGGAAGUGGGGGACUCCGAGGUUACCAUCAACAUCAAACUCAUUGCUCCGCCCCAGUAUGUCGUAGUCACCUCGUGCUAUGACAAGGAUCUAGGCAUGAGAAAGAUCGAGGAGGCAAUGAAAGCAAUCAGCGAUAAAAUCAAGAGCUUCAGUGGAGGAGACUUCAAGCAACAAGGCGAGAUUGUUGUUAUGGGCGGCGACGAGGAGAGACGGUUGGAGGAACUGCUGGAGGAGGCUGGCGAGGACGACAGCAGCGACGACGAAGAGGAGGAAGAAGACGAGGGUAUGGGCCGUGUGGAAGGCGACAUUCCCGAAGACGAAGUCGAAGAUGAUGAAGACGAAGCCGAAGACAACGAAGACGCAAAGGCGUGA